AACCCGGUUCCCGUGCAGGCCUAAAGAAUAUGGUUAACGGGUCUGGCCCAUCAUGUAUACACUACACCGAACUUCACUAUCACUCAAUAGUCAAUAGUGCAGACGUUUUGCCGCCCACCGCCACGUAAUCAGCUCCGGCCUUCCACCACCUUCUCCUCUAUUUCCCCUUUCACACUCGCUCAAAACCCGCCAUUCGCCUCUAUUCCCAUUCAAAUUCUCCCCUAAACCCUCUCUCUAACCCUACCUCACUCUCUCUCACGCACUCGUCGUACGUGAAAAUAUGAUUCCGCACUCGUACGCCACGGACACGCAGACCAAAUCCGCGGAGCUGGCCUCCGCCGUCGCGGCGGCGUCGUCUCCGGCGCAGAUCGCCGCGGCGUGCGCCGAUGUGGAGUCGUUCCUCCGAAAGCACACUCCCGACCAGCAGAGGUGGUUCUUCUCCAUCACUUUCCCAACCCUAAUAUGCAGAGUGUUCGGCUUCGAUGACCCCUCGCCUCCUUCGGCUGCUAUCAAGCGCCACUCAUCCAACGGAUGGAUUGACGUUGCUGCUUCUGAAAAUGAUUCGGAGCUUGCAGGUAGAAUUUUCAGCCUGCUGUCGCCAAAUGGUGUGCUGUUGUCUUCAGUUUCUGGGAUCGAUCGUCUUUCUCUAGUUAAAUACGUUUUCCCUACUGAAAGAUUACCAGAGUGGGUUCGUUACAUGCUUCAGAAGGAGCAAGACUAUCGGGCAUUGACUGAUUUGUGUCCUUUGUUGAAGAACAGGAUUAAGGAAGAUUCAUUAAAGGGUUCAUCGUAUCAGAUCCAGUUGAAUGUUUUUGAAUAUUACAUGUUUUGGUUUGCUUAUUUCCCUCUUUGCAGAGGUAAUAGUGAGGGUACAGAGACAGUGAAGGUUCAAAGGACCAAAAAGUUUAGGUUGGAGAACUGGUCAUAUUCAAUUCCUGGUCUUGCAAGUACUAAACGUGAAACGGAAAAGAAGACUGAGAGUAAUCUAUACAUAAGACUUCUAUAUGUCUAUCUUCAUUCGUUUGUGCCUGUCCAAGACUUGAAUGUCCAGCAGCCCUACCGUAGUUCCUUACUUCAGUAUUCUUCUGGUUAUGAUAGUUCUAGUCUGGAGAGAGCUGAGUUUGUGGUCAACACAAUGAUACAUUUCUGGCUGGUUGACAAUGAUUUUUCACCCUUGCCAGUCAGUUUGUCAAAGGCAUUUGGUGUAACUUUCCCUUUUAAAUCUGUGCUGGGAGAGACUCCACCUACCCCAGGAUUGGGUGACGUGUUAAAUGUCUUCGUUAAGUAUUUGGACAUGAAUUCGUUUUCAGCUAUGGAAGGGCAUAAUCAGGUUGAUUAUGUUCGGACUCUUGGGUGGGGAGUUUCAGGUUCAUUUGAUGCUGUUAGGGAUUCUACUCUGAGUUCUCAUACAGUUGGACCACGAAACAUGUUGAUUCAGAGGCCAUUGUACAGAUAUAUCUUGAGAACCUUUCUGUUCUGUCCAGUGGAAACAUCCAUAAAAAAUGCAUCUCAAGCAUUUUCUGUCUGGAUCAACUAUAUGGAACCUUGGUCAAUUAAUUUUGAAGAAUUUGCCGAUCUUAAUCAAACAUUGGGGCUUUCUACCGGAAGUUCAGCAAACAGUGCCAGUAACUCAUCAUCUCCAGGAUAUUCUUCCUCUUGGCAGGGUUUCAUAUUGGCCAACUACUUGUUUUAUAGCUCCUUGGUCAUGCACUUUAUUGGAUUUGCACAUAAGUUUCUUCAUACAGACACGGAAGUUAUUGUUCAGAUGGUCGCUAAGGUAAUAAAUAUUCUAACAUCAUCGGCAGAGCUCAUGAAUCUCAUAAAGAAAAUUGACACUGUUUUCCAUUCAAAAGCGGUUGAUUCCUCUAAAUCAGGGCUCAGCUCAUUCAACAGAUAUAUUCCAACCAUUCUUCAACAGCUACAGGUAUCUGCCAUGGCUUGUACUUCUCUGAUACAUUUUCAUGUCCAAAAGUUCUGGGCCCAGGAUUGGGAGGAUGGCCUAUGUGAGAGUGAUGCUGAUGGAUCCUUUUUGCAUGACAACUGGAACAAAGAUUUACGACUCUUUGCCGAUGGCGAAGAUGGUGGGCAGCAUUUGCUUCAGCUCUUUCUGUUGCGUGCAGAAUCCGAGCUACAAUCAAUCUCGGGAAACAAUUUGUCACAGAACCUUCAGUGCCUUGACUCCCUCAAGGCACAACUAAGUCAGUUAUAUGGCAGCUCCAUCACGAGACCCUCACCCGGACCCCACCUUCGUUCUUCAGACAGCCAGCAAUUACGGGACGAGAUAUUCAGUCCCAGAAGAUUUGGCAACCAAAAAAGGACUGAGAUUAAAUACAAAGGCGACUGGAUGAAAAGGCCUUUCUCGAACGACGAGAUUGCUUGGCUGGCCUCAUUUCUUGUCUACCUGUCGAGUUGGUUGAACGAGAAGCUCGGGCUGAACCAAGCUGAUUUUAGCCAGGCGUGCGCCAGUAAGUCUUAUGUGGAGGUGCAGGGUGGUGAUGUGACGAGUGUCUGUGGGCCCAUGGAGACUUUGAAAGUGAUUUUCUGCUCGAUUGUUUCAUGGGCUGUGUGGCUGGUCCAAAUGGGAGUCUGUUUCAUGAGAAGUCAUGGUUUGAGGGUCAAUCUGAGGUUGUUGGCCUCAAAAAAAAUAGUCGUGAUGGUGUUUGUCUUUGCCACCGUCAGUAUCGUAAAGAGAGCUCUGGCCCUGAAGAAAGAUAUGUAAGAUGAAAAAGGAUAAAUAUAAGAUAAAGAGUAUCGUUCAUGAACUGAAGAAAGUGAUGGUAUGAAUACACAGAAAUGGAGGGUGGAUUGUAUUUGGCUUCUUGUUAACAGUUUUGUUUGGUGAAAUUUUGAUCUUAAAAGCUGGUUUAAGGUGGUGAUUAUUGCAUAUUUUUUACAUUCGUAGGCUGUUCUUUCAUCUUUGCUUGUUUAUUGAUGCCUGGGAAUUGCGAAUCUUUUGUGUAUGGGUUAAGCGAGUGAAAUUUUCUGAACAGUUGUUAAUUUUUGA